GGCGGCGCUCCGCGGGCUGGCGGCGAGGCGCCGACCGGGCUGCGGGAGGACGGCCACCGACCGGAGGAUCCUGCGCCGCGCCGGCUGUGCUCCCCGCCUGGAACUUUUUACCUCCUUUGGGCUCCAGAUGCGCGACUUGGGGCUGGUUUAUAAAUAUUUCUAUACAUAUGUGUGAUCUAAUAAAACAUUUUCUCCUCUCCUUGAAGCAGCAGCUUUUUAUGACAUCUCCUUUAUGUCAGAGACACUUGCCUUCUUCUUUGGGUUAUAAACUUUUGAUGCCAGACCUCUGCAGAACGUGCCCAACUGAAUCUUAAAGUAGCGUCUUGAAGAGAGAGGCAGAGAAAGCGCAAUCUGUGACCUUCAUCCCCGCACCUUCCUUCCUCCUCUCCCUUCCUGGCUGCCUCCCUCCUCCCCAGGGGAGCGUCGAGAAAGCUCUUUUUGGAUGCAGGAGGGGGCAUCUGGUUCUGCUAGGCUGGAAAGCUGAGGCAGGAUUCGAGGAAGAAUUAUUAGACUCCGGAGAGCCUGGACUCUUUUCUUCUCCUUCCUCCUUUCUGCUUCUGGCGUGCUCUAUCACUUUCCUUUCUCCCCACACCACUUCCUGAGACCGGCUGGUGUGCGGGGCGGGGACAAGGACCGUGCCGCUGCCGGAGUUCGGGGAAGUUGUGCCUGUCGAGGAUGGGGGUCUGUGGGAACCUGUUCCUGCCCUGGAAGUGCCUCGUGGUCGUGUCUCUCAGGCUGCUGUUCCUUGUACCCACAGGAGUGCCCGUGCGCAGCGGAGAUGCCACCUUCCCCAAAGCUAUGGACAACGUGACGGUCCGGCAGGGGGAGAGCGCCACCCUCAGGUGUACCAUAGAUGACCGGGUCACACGGGUGGCCUGGCUAAACCGCAGCACCAUCCUCUAUGCUGGGAACGACAAGUGGUCCAUAGACCCUCGUGUGAUUAUCCUGGUCAACACGCCGACCCAGUACAGCAUCAUGAUCCAAAAUGUGGACGUGUAUGAUGAAGGUCCAUACACCUGCUCUGUGCAGACAGACAAUCAUCCCAAAACUUCCCGGGUCCACCUCAUAGUGCAAGUUCCUCCCCAGAUCAUGAAUAUCUCCUCAGACAUCACUGUGAAUGAGGGAAGCAGUGUGACCCUGCUGUGUCUUGCUAUUGGCAGACCAGAGCCAACUGUGACAUGGAGACACCUGUCAGUCAAGGAAGGCCAGGGCUUUGUGAGUGAGGACGAGUACCUGGAGAUCUCCGACAUCAAACGUGACCAGUCCGGGGAGUACGAGUGCAGCGCCUUGAACGACGUGGCCGCACCCGACGUGCGGAAAGUAAAGAUCACUGUCAACUAUCCUCCCUAUAUAUCAAAAGCCAAGAACACUGGAGUUUCGGUGGGUCAGAAGGGCACCCUGAGCUGUGAAGCCUCCGCGGUCCCCAUGGCUGAAUUCCAGUGGUUCAAGGAAGAUACCAGGUUAGCCCCCGGCCUGGACGGAGUGCGGAUUGAGAGCAAAGGCCACAUGUCCACUCUGACCUUCUUCAAUGUUUCAGAAAAGGAUUAUGGGAACUAUACUUGUGUGGCCACAAACAAGCUUGGGAACACCAACGCCAGCAUCACAUUGUAUGGGCCUGGAGCAGUCAUUGAUGGUGUAAACUCGGCCUCUAGAGCGCUGGCUUGUCUCUGGCUGUCAGGGACCCUCUUUGCCCACUUCUUCAUCAAGUUUUGAUAAGAAAUCAUAGGUCCUCUGAGCAUCGCCUGCUUCUCCAUAUCACAGACUUUUAUCUGCACUGCGGAGGGCAAACCAGUUUGGGCUUCUUUUUAUUUGUUUCUGUUAUUCUUUUGGAUUUUUUUUUUUUUUGCUGUUUUUUUGGUUUUUUCCUUUUGUUUUGUUUUGUUU